GAUGUGGUUGUCUCAAUCCGGCAACAAGUCACAAACCAAUACGUUAGAGAAUGCCUUGCGAAGAAUAGGGAGAGAAGAUAUAAUACCCCAGUGCCUAAAUGUUGACCAUGCUGGUCCAACAAUAACUAGGAUAAAACACGAGGAGAUAGGAACAUAUAGACUGAAAAAAGAUAUAGAUAGUAUAGACAAUGAUGCUGUGAGUGAUGAAGUGGGCCAAAGGGUGAGAGCAGAUAGACAAGAAGCUAAAGUAAAAUUGGAAUUUUUCGAUAAAUACUCAGCCGAAGAGAAAGAAAUAGAGAAAUCAGAGGAAGAAGACGAAGAAACGUUCGACAAGCCUGUGGCAGAGCGCAGAGAACAAAUACAAAAACGUUUAUCGGCCGAGAGAACAAUUCCUGCUUCUUCACAACGUCGUGAAAUUGUUCAGGAGAUCACAACAAUAAAAGAACAAAACUUGGUCGAAGACAAAAUCGCGGAAGUUCAGCAGAAAGUAAAAACCACAGAUGAACAAACGAAAACUAUAACAACAAAAACAGUCUCGAUCGACGACAAAACUGUUACACCUGAAACAAAAACGGUAUCAAGGACCAUCGAAAUAAAAACCACAAUUCCAUCUGAUUCGAAAGUCCUCGAAACUGUUUCAUACAAGGAAUCACAAGAACCGAAAUCAACUACGGUGAAGGAGACCCGCACAUUCAUAUCAGAUAUAUCGCAUAAGACCGCAGGAGAUUCGGAGCUUUUGGAGGGAGUAACGCAGAGCUUUGAUAAGAAGAAAAUUAUGCCAAAAUUGAUCGCAGAUGAAGAUCCCAAAUCCCCGAAGUUCUCCAAGACUCCCCCUCCAAGCCCAGCUGACUUCAUAUUACGAGAACGAGCAGCCACAGUCCAAGCAAGUGCGUCUCCUCAGGACGACGACGAUUCUUUGGAUACUGAUGGCUUCCGCGAAGACGAGUGCAUUUUAGAAACACCCACACCAGACGAGAAACGUAUGUCUUCCCAGGAAUAUCUGAAUGACUAUGCAACUACACUUUCCAAAGAAAUAGAGUCACAAGAAGUGACUUCUUAUGACAACAUCCGUCAGUACUAUCAAUAUCAGUCCCAGUUCUUUGCGGGACAACGUAAACGUUUAGCUUCUACCGAAGAUCUAGAUACAGAUGUGAUAGAUUCUACCUCUAACUUACUGCCUUCGAUUGAACCUGAUAGUGAGUUAACGGAAAUUGUGAAUAUAGGUUUAGAUAGUUCUAAGUUGAAUGAGACUGACGUGGUUCGCCCCGGCCAAUUGAAUAUCCACAGUUUUGUUUCUCCGGAAGAAAAGGGUGCUAAGGAUUCAAAACGGCCGGAGGACUGGGAAAGAAAGGAAAGAAAAAAUGUGGAAAGACUUCAAGGUGGAGGCGGAAAAGAUAAAAUACCGCCCUCUGAAGAAAAGAUCAAUUUGAAAUCCACUCCAGACAAAAAAAUUUCUAUAGCGUAUUCGACAGCUGAAAAGGAAAUCAAAAAGGUCGCAGCCAAAGGUCCUGAAGAAGACGUUGUAGAAAUUGUUCAAAAGUCGAGUGAUGCAAAAAAAAUUGAUGACAACAAUCAGUUUUCGACAAAACCAACCAUAAAACAUAAAUACGAUAAAUACAAACAUGUGGAUAGAAGUACCUCUCCACAACUCAAUACGUGUAUCACACCUUCUCCAGAUGAUUCUCCUCCAACUGUGAAAGAUGAAUCGAAGCCAACUUUAGAGCUCAUCAUCGGACGUAAAGAGGUUCGCACAAAAGAAGCCUUAGCAACUGCUGAAAGUCGUUUAACGUUAUACGGUACUAAAGACGUAGAAAUUUCUAUAAAAUCUCAAUCACAUAUUUGCGUCACAACAACUAGGAGAGAUAACUCGGGGACUGAAACAUCUGAAAGAUUUGAUGUUGGAAUAUCUACGACAGCAAGUAGAGAGAAGCACUCUCCACAAUAUAUAAUACCGCCAGUGACUGUAUUGGAGUCCACCCAGAAGAAACGCGAAGAAACGGUGAACUUCAGUGGUACUAAACAAAUAUACACUUACGACGAAAACUCAUUAUCGCAGGCAGUGUCUCCUUUGAGCGAAAGCUUGUCUCAUCACAUAACAGAUACGGGUAUAUCACUAACAAGAGAUCCGACGACGGGUAGUAUCACCAGCACUGCUAACCAACCUCAAGGUUCGUUAGGGGGAUUGCAGACUACGGGAUUCAUUUCUGAUACAGCCGUGGAGGAAGAAAUUGAAGAGCUUGAGUGUACAGAUGCGGGCCUCAGCCCAAUUCAAGUCGAUGAGCUUUCACAUCACGUCAUAGAUGAGUCUGUAAUACAAUUCACUGAUGCUGGUACCAGCCCAGUAGAAUUUUUAGAGUCUUCAUCUAUUCCUUUAUCCCAAGUUGAUACAUCUGAGGCUGCUACCAUUACCGAUCGUAUCGAUAUGAAAGAUUCAUCUUGUAGUCCUAUAAAACCAGAAGAAAGCCCACCUCUAUCAUCUGCUGAAAAGCUCAAAGAUGAAGAAAUUCUAGCAAAAAGACGGGGAUCUGGGGAUGUCAAGGCUAGAGUGAAAAUGCUGGAGGAACAAGUGAGUAAAUCACCACAAAAAGAUUACUUCAGAAAAAAGAGAGAUGUGGUUGAUUCUGAAGAUGAAAUGUCUAGUAUGAAAGAAGAAGAAGCAAAUUUCAAGGGUUCUACUGAGACUCUAGCUCAAUUAGACGAUGAAGAAUACAAAAUGGAAGUUAUUACUGAACAACAUGUGAAAGAAAGGAUAGAAGAAACAUUUUCAGAUACGGAAGAUAUCAAAUCAAAAUAUUCAACUCCUAGUCACACUAAGCAUGUCGGUAAAAAAAUUGCGGAGUUACAGAAAAUUUUUUCUAGUGAAGCUGAGAGCAGCUUCGAUGAAGACACUUCCAGCAAGGGACAACCUAAAGAGAAAGAAGAUAUAGCUGUUAAUAAAUGGUCUUCAGAAGCAUCUAAAGAUUCCUUGGUUCAGAUUGAAGAAAAAGUUAUGCUCAAACCAGAUAGGAAAAAAUCUAUUCAAAAAUUGGAACCCAAAGAAAAAUUUUCAAAAGAAGAAAAAGAAUCUAGUGAAGAAAAAUAUACAUCUGUCAAGGAUAAGAAGUCAAUAUUUGAAGAAUUGAUAUCGAGAUCACAAGAAACAACUCCAACAAGAAAAAUCAGAAGACAGUCAAUAGAAGAAAUAAAAAAACCUCUAGAAGAUCGAAGGGGACAUAUUGAACAACACGUAACAGAAAAUUUAAUGCAAGCCCUCACAACAGAAAAACCACCUGAUAAAUUUGUAGAAACAAAAGAGAGGGAAUUCACCACCGAGGAAUUGAAUGCAUGCCUCACGGCUCUAGAAGAACAAGUUAUUAUCGAUGCACCAAAAAAAAUUAAAAAAAUGAUACAGAACAUCGAAGAAAAGGAUAAACAGUCUGAUGGAACGUGUGUUGAACCUGUUUGUGUCAAAGUUCGCAUCGACAAAAAAAUUCCAGGAAUGAAGGAACAAGCUUAUCAGGAAUAUUACAAAGGAAGUGACCAAAAAGUAGAAACUGAUUCAUCUUUCCAAAUGCCAAGAGAGGUUUGUAAAUUAUUGAACGACCAAACAAAAAUAAUAGAGAGUAUAAGCGGCGCUAGUAUGGAAGUGUCUGAGACACCAUGUGUCAAACAGAAUAUUCAUGAACUCCAUCCAAGCCAAGCCGAAAAUGAAGCUGAAAUAACACCCAUACAGAGUGAGAUUAUAAAAGAAGCCAUAGUCUCUCACGCCAUACUUGUUUCCACCAUAGCGCUUCCUGCAGCUAUAGUGGAAUCUAGAGAAUUAUCUGUUUUAUUAUCACCUGCAGAUACUGUAUGUAUCAGCGAGAAAACGUCACCCAAGUUACUGAAUCUGAAAGAAAUCGACGCUAACGUGCCAACCAAUGAACAAGAUGUGCGUAAAAUUAUGUCAGAAGUUUUGGAGGCUUCCAAACAAAUUCGUGAAGAUGUGAAAGAACUUAAACCAGACCUAACGCCAACACCGGAAGGGCAACUAAUCACAAUGUUACCUUCAGAAGCAACGGGAUCUUCAUAUGACAUAUCUGGAAAAAUGGUUCCAGAUUCAAAAGAACAUCUCGAAGUAGAAGUUGAGGAAGUCACAAUAUUAACGGAAGAAGUCAGAAACUUCGAAAAUAUUGAGAAAACAGACGAACAGAAACCUGAAUCACCUGAAGUCUCAGAAAAACAAAUUGUUCCGAAAGAAACUAUAUCUGUUAUAGCCUCACCUGAAAAAUCUGGCAAAGAUAAACCAUUCGAAGUUAUUGAUAAGGAAGAUGAAAGGGAACAUCAAUUAUCUGGAGUCUCAGACGAACAUAUUGCCUCGAAAGAAAAUAUAUCUGAUGUAGCCUCACCAGAAAAAGCUGACAAAGAAAAACCAUCUGAGAAAAAGGUUACAGAUUUGGAGGAACAGCCUUCGGGAAAGGUUGAGGAAGUGGUAACAACGAUAACAAAAGAAGUCAAAACAUUUGAAAUCAUUGAAAAGAAAGAUGAGAAAAAACAUGAAUCACCUGAAGUCUUCGAAAAACAUAUUGUUCCGAAGGAAAAUGAAUCUGUUGUAGUCUCACCUGAAGAAGCUGGCAAAAGACAACCACUUGAAAAACUGGUUCUAGAUUUGGAGAAACAGGCCACGAAAAAGGUUGGGGAAGUGAAAACCAUAACAAAAGAAGUUGAAACUCUUGAAAUCAUCGAAAAAAUAGAUGAGAGAGAACCUGAAUCACCUGGUAUCUACGAAACAUUUAUUGUUUCGAAACAAACUGAAUCUUCUGUAGUUUCACCUGAAGAAGCUGACAAAGAAGAACCAUCUGAAAAACUGGUCCCAGAUUUGGAGGAACAGCCCACGGAAAAGGUUGAGGAAGUCAUAUCAAAAACAAAAGCAGUCAAAACUUUCGAAGUUAUUGAAAAGAAAUAUGGGAAAAUACCCAAAUCACCUGAGGAUGUAAAAAAACAUAUUGUUUACGUUUCACCUGAAAAAGAUGACAAAGAAAAAUCAGCUGAUGAAAUGGUUCCAGAUUUGGAGAAACACCCUACGGAAAAGGUUGAGGAAGUCAUUACCACGACAACAAAAGAAGUCAAAACUCUUGAAGUUUUGGAAAAGGAAGAUGAAAUAGAACCUGAAUCAUCUGGGGUCGUAGAAAAACUGUUUAUUCUGGAAAAAAUUGAAUCUGCUGUAGUCCCAUCCGAAAAAGCUGAUAAAGAAAAAACAUCUGAAAAAAUGGUUAUAUAUUCGGAGAAACAGCUCAGGAAAAAGGUUAAGGAAGUCAUAAAAACAAUAACUGAAGAAGAAAGAACUCCUGAAAUCAUCGAAAAAAAAGAUGAACAUAUUGUUCCCAAAGAAACCAAAUCUUCUGUAGUCUCACCUGAAAAGGAUGCCAAAGAAAAACCAUCGGAAAAACUGGUUCUAGAAUUGGAGAAACAGCGCACAGAACAGCUUGAGGAAGUCAUAACAUCAAUAACAAAAGAAGUUGAAACUUCUGAAGUUAUUGAAAAGAAAGAUGAGAAAAUAUCCGAAUCACCUGAGGACGUAGAAAAACAUAUUGUUCUCAAAGAAAUUAAAUCUGCCGUCAUCUCACCUGAAAAAGAUGACAAAGAAAAAUCAUCUGAACAUCCCACGGCAACUAUUGAGGAAGUCAUUACCACGAUAACAAAAGAAGUCAAAACUCAUGAAAUUAUUGAAAAUAAAGAUGAAAUAAAAUCUGUAUCACUUGAGGUUGUAGAAAAACAUAAUGUUCUGGAAGAACACAUGUCUUCUGUAUUUUCUCCUGAAAAAGCUGACAAAGAGGAACCAUCUAAAAGGCUUGUUCCAGAUUUGAAGAAACAGCCCACGGAAAAGGUUGAGGAAGUCAUUACAACAAUAACAAAAGAAGUCAAAACUCCUGAAAUUAUUGAAAAGAAAGAUGAAAUGAAACCUGAAUCACCUGAUGUUGUGGAAAAAUAUAUUAUUCCGGAAGCAACUAAGUCUCCUGUAGUCUCACCUGAAAAAGCUGACGAAGAAGAACUCUCUGAAAAGCGGGUUCCAGAUUUGAAAAAACAGCCCACGGAAAAGAUUGAGAAAGUCAUUACAACAAUUACAAAAGAAGUCAAAACUACUGAAGUGAUCGAAAAGGAAGACGAAAUAAAACCUGAAUCACCUGAGGUUGUAGAAAAACAUAUUGUUCCGGAAGAAACUAAGUCUUCUGUAGUCUCACCUGAAAAAGCUGACAAAGAAGAACCAUCUGAAAAGCUGGUUCCAGAUUUGAAAGAACCGCCCACGGGAAAGGUUGAGGAAGUCAUUACAAAAAUAACAAAAGAAGUCAAAGCUCCUGAAGUUAUUGAAGAGAAAGAUGAACUAAAACCUGAAUCACUUGAGGUUGUAGGAAGACAUAUUGUUCCGGAAGAAUGUAUACCUACUGUAGUCUCACCUGUAAAAGCUGACAGAGAAGAGCCAUAUGAAAAGCUGGUUGCAGAUUUGAAGAAACAACCCACGGAAAAGGUAGAGGAAGUCAUUAGCACAAUAACAAAAGAUGUCAAAACUCUGGAAAUUUUGGAAAAGGAAGAUGAAAUAGAACUCGAAUCACCUGAAGUCUUCAGAAAACAUAUUGUUCCGAAAGAAAUUAAGUCUGCUGUAGUCUCACCUGAAAAAGAUGACAAAGAAAAACCAUCUGAUAAAAUGGUUCCAGAUUUUGAGAAACACCCUACGGAAAAGGUUGAGGAAGUCAUGACCACGAUAACAAAAAAAGUCAAAACUCAUGAAAUUAUUGAAAAGAAAGAUGAAAUAAAAUCUGUAUCACUUGAGGUUGUAGAAAAACAUAAUGCUCUGGAAGAACACAUGUCUUCUGUAUUUUCUCCUGACAAAGCUGACAAAGAGGAACCAUCUAAAAGGCUUGUUCCAGAUUUGAAGAAACAGCCCAUGGAAAAGGUUGAGGAAGUCAUUACAACAAUAAUAAAAGAAGUCAAAACUCCUGAAAUUAUUGAAAAGAAAGAUGAAAUCAAACCUGAAUCACCUGAGGUUGUAGAAAAACAUAUUGUUCCGGAAGAAACUAAGUCUUCUGUAGUCUCACCUGAAAAAGCUGACAAAGAAGAACCCUCUGAAAAUCUUGUUCCAGAUUUGGAGAAACAGCCCUCGGCAAAGGUUGAGGAAGACAUAACAACUAUAAUAAAAGAAGUCAAAACUCCUGAAGUCAUUGAAAAGAAAGAUGAAAUAAAACCUAAAUCACCUGAGGUUGUAGAAGAUCAUAUUGUUCCGGGAAAAACUGAGUCUCCUGUAGUCUCACCUAAGAAAGCUGACAAAGAGAAACCCUCUGAAAAGCUUGUUUCAGAUUUGGAGAAACAGCCCUCGGAAAAGGUUGAGGAAGACAUAACAACUAUAACAAAAGAAGUCGACACUCCUGAAGUUAUUGAAAAGAAAGAUGAAAUGAAACCUGAAUCACCUGAGGUUGUAGAUAAACAUAUUGUUCCGGAAGAAACUGAGUCUUCUGUAGUCUCACCUGAGAAAGCUGACAAAGAGGAACUCUCUGAAAAGCUUGUUACAGAUUUGAAGAAAAAGCCAACGGAAAAGGUUGGGGAAGUCAUUACCACGAUAACAAAAGAAGUCAAAACUCUUGAAGUUUUGGAAAAGGAAGAUGAGAUAAAACCUGAAUCACUUGAGGUUGUGGAAAAACGUAUUUUUGCGGAAGAAUCUAAACCUAAUGUACUCUCACCUGUAAAAGCUGACAAAGAAGAACCAUGUGAAAAACUGGUUCCAGAUUUGAAGAAACAGCCCACGGAAAAGGUUGAGGGUGUCACUACAAUAAUAACAGAAGGAGUCAAAACUCCUGAAAUUAUUGAAAAGAAAGAUGAAAUGAAACCUGAAUCACCUGAGGAUGUAGAAAAACAUAUUGUUCCGGAAGAAACUAAGUCUUCUGUAGUCUCACCUGAAGAAGCUGACAGAGAAGAACCCUCUGAAAAUCUUGUUCUAGAUUUGGAGGAACAGAUCACGGAAAAGGUUGAGAAAGUCAUACCUACAAUAACAAAAGAAGUGAAAACUCCUGAAGGUAUUGAAAAGAAAGAUGAAAUAAAACCUGAAUCACCCGAGGUUGUAGAAAAACAAAUAAUUCUGGAAGAAUCUAAACCUACUGUAGUCUCACCUGAAAAAGCUGACAAAGAAAAACCUUCUGAAAAGCUUGUUCCAGAUUUGGAGAAACGGCCCUCGGCAAAGGUUGAGGAAGACAUAACAACUAUAACAAAAGAAGUCAAAACUCCUGAAGUUAUUGAAAAGAAAGAUGAAAUGAAACCUGUUUCACCUGAAGUCGUAGAAAAACAUUUUGUUCCGGAAGAAACUAAAUCUGCCGUAGUCUCCCCUAAAAGAGCUGACAUAGAAGAACCAUCUGAAAAACUGUAUCCAAAUGUGGAAAAACAGCUCACGGAACAGGUUGAGGAAGUUAUUGUAAAAGGAGAUGAAAUAAAACCUGAAUCACCUGAGUUUUUGUCAAAAUAUAUUUUUCCGAAAGGAACUAAAUCUGCUGUAGCCUCACCCGAAAAAGGAGAUAAGAAAGAAACUUUCGAAAAAAUAAUACUAGAUUCGGAGAAACAGCCCAUGGGGAAGGUUGAAGUCAUAACAACAAUAAAUGAAGAAGUCAAAACUUUUGAAUUCAUCGAGAAAAAAGAUGAAAAAGAACCUGAAUCACCUGGAGUCUUCGAAAAACAUAUUGUUUCGAAGGAAACUGAAUAUGCUCUAGUUUCACCUGAAAAAGCUGACAAAGAAGAACAAUCUGAAAAACUGGUUCCAGAUUUGGAAAAACAGCCCACGAAAAUGGUUGAAGAAGUCAUAGCAACAAUAACGAAAGAUGUCAGAAAUUCUGAAAUAAUCGAAGAGAAAUAUGAAAAGGUACCUGAAUCACCAGGAGACUUCAAAAAAGUCAUUAUCCCGAAAGGAACUGAAUCUGCUGUAUUCUCGUCUGAAAAAGCUGACAAAGAAGAACCAUCUGGAAAAAUGGUUCCGGAUUGGGAGAAACAGACCACAGAAAAUGUCGAGAAAGAAUUAACAACAAUAACAGAUGAAGUCGAUACCAAUGAAAUUCUCGAGAUGAAAUAUGAACAAGCACCUAACUCACCUGAAGUUCUAGAACAAGAUAUUGUUCUGAAAGAAUUUGAAUCCUCUGAAGCCUCACCCGAGAAAGUCGACAAAGGAAAACCAUCUGAAAAAAUGGUUCUUGAUUUGGAUGAGCAGCCUACGGAAAAAGUUGAGGGAGGCAUAACAACAUCAAGGAAAGAUGUGAAAAGUCAUGAAGUUAUUGAAAAGGAAUAUGAGAGGGAAAAUGAAUCGCAUGAAGUCCAAAUUGAAGGUGUUGUACCGAAAGAAAGGAGAUCCAGUGUAGCGUCAUCCGAAUCACAAGAACCGUCUGACAGAAUUGUUCCCAUUCUGAAGAUGCAGCUUUCGGACAAAGUUGAGAAAGAUAUAAUAACAAUGACAGAUGAAGUUGAUACUCAUGAAAUUUUCGAGAAGAAAUUAGAAGAAAAACCUAAAUCACCUGAAGUACUUUCAAAAAAAUCUAAGAAAUUGACAACAGUAACAGGAACGGCUGAAACAAUCGUAAUCUUCGGAGAGAGAGAUAGUGAGAAAUAUCACAUACCAAAAGCCGCACCCAAAAAUAAGAAACAAACAAAAUUUUCUAGAGAAUCGGAAAAAGGGAAAAAGAUCAUUGAAAGAAAAGGAAGUGAUAUGCCUUUGGAGACUCUGGCAAUUCAAAGGGAAAUUCCCAAGGAACAGGCGCGUUCUAAUAUCUCGGAAAGAGCGGUGAAAUCACUCAAAAGCCAAAAAGAUAUUAAAUCAAAACCGAAAACACAUUUAGAAAAGUUUUCCAAUGUUCCAAGAGGAGAUCUGAAGUUAUAUACACAAACAAGAGAUAAAACUUCGAUGGAAAGCACAACAGGAGAAAGCUCUAAAUCAACGUCUAUGGUUGGUGUAAAACCUAUAUCAUCCAAAAUCAAGACAAUGAGUGAACAAAGGGCACCAAAAGGGCGAAAAUCAAUUAUCGAAGAACAUGACAUAAAAAAAAGUUCAACUAUAUCAGUGACAAAAAUCAAAGAAAUAUCGUAUCCACCCUUGAAGCAAUUUCAAAGAAUUGAGUCUCCUAAGAAAUCGGUUGAGAUAGUACGAAAGAAACAAACCUCAGAUCGUCAAUUAGCGAAUGGAGUAAAUGGAAUAAUAUCACAUUCAUCUGGUUCCUCAACUGAAAAACAGUCUGCAGACAGAAAAUCCUUGCCUAAAAAAGGUAUUACUCAUAAAGAGAAAUCUUCUAACUUCACAUCCCAUAAGGAUUUGAUAUUCAAAUCAACCAGUAUCAAGUCUGACUCAUCAUCAGUGAGCAGAACAAAAUCCGUUGGAGUACGUGAUGAUGUAGAUGGGAGUAGAAUGAAAGAAUGGGAAGCCCCAAGACAGCAACUUGACUUGGAGCCCGAAGCUCCACCACUAGAAAAAGACGCAACACAAAAAGAAAUCAGCUGCGACCAACUUAACGAAGCAGCUGUUCCACUAACAACAACCGAAGCUAAACAAAUCCCACAGCCCAAACCGCGUAUAGUAAAAACACCUGAAAAGAUACAGCCACACAUCACGGAUGAAACUACCCCAGAAAAACCUGCAUCACCUGUUCGUGACGAUCUCUUGGACGAAGUACCAGAGAGUUAUUUUGACAAAAAAAGGUUCUGGGAGACGGUCACUCAAGAUGCUUCUCACAAACGAAUGAGUUUACAAGAAACUACGAUAACGGAAAUGGAGGCUGUUAGUAAAAAGAGAAUAUCGUUACACGAAUUUGCUUCGCCCCCAGUGCCAAAACCCAGAACUAUACUAAUGACGUCUCAAAGCUUAACGGAAAGUGGAAGCGAAGUUCAUACAAAACCACGUUCAGUUUUGCAGACCUCCCAAAGCGUUAUGGAAGAAGAAAUUAAUCAAAAGGUAUCUGUUAAAGACAGAGCAAUAUCAUUUGAAUCUUCAACGAGCGAAAGCAGUGGAUUAGUCCAGACCGAUCUAACGAAAAUAUCAGAAAGCGAUACUUCGCUCCAUGAUGAGAAGGUCAUGUCUGAAUACCAAGCAUCUUUUCAAUCACCGUCAGAGCGAAAAACUAGUCCGAAGUCUAUCGAAAAACUUAAAUCUGAGUUCCAGAGAGUCGACAGCAUAGAUUCCGAUAAAGCGCAAAGAGGCAGUAGUGUGAUGGAUAAUACCGGAUACAUAUCAGAUAGCGAAGACGUUGAACAUUACAUAUCUGAUUCAGAAAUUGAAGACAGAGUCCCUCAAAUACGAGAUAGACUGAUGAGUGUAUUCAUCCCUUCGGCAUCUACUGUUCGUAAACCCACUUACGAACGUUCGGCUUCCUUGCCAACGGAAGAUCUUUACGAAGUUUCAGCCAGAAGUAUCAAAGCACGUAAGGAAUAUUAUGAAGAACAAAUCAGAAAAGAAAUGAUCGAAGAACAACUCACCAGUGAAAUUGAAGAAGAACCGUCUCCUGAGAGAAAAAAUUUGGUUAGUUCUACAGAGGAAGAACAUACGGAUGCCGACGCUAGAAGCAUUGGAGAGGAAAUUGAAGAAAUAACUGAUGAACCUGUAAGAUGUAUUAAUAAAUUAGAGGAAAGUUUCGAAUCAUCGCCAGCUUCUCGAAAAUUAGGUGAAGUUGUAGAGGAAAAAGUUGGUUCGGUGAAAUCUUUAGCAGAAUCAUUUGAGAAAAAAGUCACGGAGUGUGUUCCGGAAAUUAAGAAAAAAGAGUCGUCAGAAAAAUAUGAGGAAUCUCAGGAAGAAAUAUGCAAUGAAAGGAUCAAAUCGUCUGUCAAGGAUCUAGCUAAAGGCUAUGAAGAACAACUAGGAGACGUCGUAGCCGGCAAAAAAAUUGGUCAACCUCCUAUAGAGGAAAGAGGGUUCUUACUCGAUAAAUCUACGAAAGUAUCAGAGAAUGAAGAGGUUGCCAGCCCGCAUGAUAUUGUUGACUUGAUGGAAGUUACUCAUCCGAAACUACCCUAUCCAGACAAAGAUACGCACAAACUAGAUUUGACCCAACAAGCUGACGAUCAGUUAUCAAUUUCAUACUUCACCCAAAAUGAAACGCACAAAGAAACUGAAAUUGAUAGUCAGUAUAAAUAUUUGGAAUCUCAACAGAGCAUCUCAUCGGACAAGAGUGGCGAACUGGUCGAUGAUCAGUAUUUGAAAGAUGACAGCCAUUCAACAAAACCGGAUUCUUUGGAAGUACUCGUAGAUAAAAGUGAGAUUGAGGACACUGAAAAAAUUGCAGAGUUAGAUCAAGAUAUUGAACGAAGAUCAAUCGAUUCUCUCGACACGGAAAGUUCUAAAAUGAAUCUUGAAGAUGAAAGUAUUCCGGAAAUAACAGUCACAUUAUCCGGAAAGCAAAGAAGAAUUAGCGAAGAAAGUGAUGAAUACUCUGAUAAACCAGAUGAUGUACAUACUGUAGAAAAAACGUUAGUAACAGAAUCGGCUAAGAAAAUGCCACAAAAUAUUAUUGGAUGUGAUCUUUCUGAAGAAGUUAUAUCGCAGUCUAUGGAAAAAAUAUUAGAAACAGAACCACCAACAUCACAGAAACUUGGUGAAAUCGCUGAGGAAUGUAUUCCACUGUCUGAUGUGGUUCAUACCAUCGAAGAAAAAUUGAUACUAGAUACUACUAUCGAUACUGAACCUUCGGAACACGAUAACGAUAAAUCCAAGCUCGAAGAUGAGAUGUCAGAAACGGAAUUGCCUCUAAAGUUGUCAUAUGAGGCGAUUCCGGAUACUGUUCAUGAAGAUCAGUACACCGAUAAACCUGAUAUGAUAUAUCCAACUGAGGAAACAUUGAAAGCGGAGUCACCGAUAAAAUUACCCCGAGAAAAUAUUCAGACUACAGUUUGGGAAGUUUCAGUAGAAUCACCCUUUGAGAAUGAAUUCGAUGAGACGGUUGAAGACAUCAAACCAAGUUCUAUUAAACUCACCCGAGAGUUCAUAGAAACAGAAAGACUAAUGAAAACAGAAACACAUUUGGAAGAUAAGAAGUUGUCCAUUCGUAGAAACAAAAGCCACCUAGAAUAUACUGAUUUCAUCGACACAAUUGAAACUACUGUGCAGAGUAAAUCCGAUCAAGUUAUCGCAAAGGCAGAAUCACCCAGUGAAGUAAAUGAAAAUAUAUUUGACAAAACAAUAAAAGAUAUUGAAAAAAGUCAACUUAGUGGUGAUGAUAUUGAAAUCAGUCACCUUUCACCAAAAUCUGAUAUAGUAUUUAAAGAAACUCAACAAGUUGACUUCAAGAGUACGAGCGAUAGUGAUAAUGUAGAUUUAAAAAGCAUAAAGAACCAGCAAGAAAAAAUGUCCGAACUCCUUGAAGCUGAAUUUAAACAGCAGUCUCUUGAAAUUCUGGAACACGUGUGUGUUGAUGUUUCAGAUGAAUCCAGAGGUAGUUUACUUGGCGUUGAGAGAGAUGAUGAUCUAAGCAGCAGUGUAAAAGACGAAUCUGAUUUGGGAUCUGAAAUACAUCUGGACCACUCAGAUUCUUAUGAAUCAGAUAAAAUGAGAUCUGAUAGUCAUAACGACAUUGAAAAAAUAAUUCUUGAUAGUUUACAGCAACAGAAAGUUCACCCAGAAGAUGCUAAGAAAAUUGCAAGUGCUCUUGUCGAAGAAAUCGAAGCAGAAAUUCACAAACAUGAUUCGUUGACUGCUGAUUGUUCAGAAAAACCCAUACAAAAGGUAGAAAACAGGCAAGUUUCAGAAUUUUUGAAACACCUAGCUGAAACAAAAGGUUUAGAUGAAAGGGAGGUUGAGCUCGUAGAAUCUGUAUUGGCAAGAAGACAAAGAGGACUUCCAAAACUCACAAGGGGAGACACUCAGGCAUCUAGUAUGGAAAUAACUGAUGAAGAUCUCAAGUACAGUGGGACAGAAAUGGAUUAUUCUCAUUUACUAGAACAGCAAAUGGAUCAAUUGGAAGCUGAAAAAAUCCAUGAUAUACGGUUGGAUUAUGACAGUUUUGAAGAGCAAUCGAAACGGUUCCAGGAUAAAUCUGGAUUUGUAGACAUAAUCGAUGAAGAACAUAGUGAAGAAACUGAAUCUUCGCGCGAUUACGAAAGUUAUGAAAACAAUCACGUCACCUCUGUUAAGAAAGAUACGUCUAUUAAAUCGAGUGAUGUUCUUAAAGGAGAGAAGUCACUUUCAGAGAUGAAAAAUAUACUUGUUGAUGAAAGCAAAACUACGUCGGAAACAUUCUCCGAAGAAAGUGACAUUCUGAAGUACUAUGUCGACACAUCCAUUAAAGAAGUAUCUCACGAAAGGGCUGAUGGAUAUGAUCUCGUUAAAAUGGAGGUAGGAAAUAUUGAAGUUAUGACUGAUCACACAUUAGAAUCUAAAGCAGAAAAAACUGAAACUGAAGUAGACAACAUUCUUCUUGAAAAAUCUUGUAUAGAAACAAAGGAAGGAGAUGGAUAUGUGUUACAUGCCAAAUAUGAUAAGGAUUUUACAGAAAAAGAGAUAGCUGAUGAUUCGAUGAAAGAAACUAAGUCAAGAACUGAAAAAGAUUCUGACGAAGUUAGUAGAAAAGAAAAAGUUACCUCAAGUGAGAAAAGUAGCAAAAUUGUAAAACAGGAAGAUGGAUCUCAAAUUGAAACUAGGCUUGAAUUUGAUAAGACUCACGUUAUAUCGAGUAGCACAGUUACCCAAAGAGAUCAUAAACAUGAAGAGAUCACGUCAGUUUUCAGUACCGUCGUUACUAGUGAUGAAGAUCUGGAAAAACUUGUUGCAAGUUGUCUUCCAGAAUCGGUCUCUGAAUCAAUACAUGAAAUAGUCAAAAGCUCUAGUAGUGAAUCUAAAUCAAGCUCAGAAUCCAAAACACCUGAGGAUUCUAAAAAAGAAGAAGAAAAAAUAACACAAAAAUCAUCGGAAGUAAUUUUCAGAAAAAGUAAAUCUGAUGCCGAUACAAGCAGUAGUAGCUCGAACUGGAAGCCAGAAAGAAAAUCUGGAGUAGAAUUUGAAGCAUAUUCCAGCUCUGGAGAGAGUCACUAUCACAGUUUUGAACUGGACAGUGGAAGAAGUAGACCUUGUUCCUCAGAUGUAGAAGGUUUAAUAGUCGCAGGUUCGUCUGAAUAUGAAAGUGCUCUUACCUCGCAAGAAUACUCAGCCAGGUCCCACAUCACGUCCACAGAAUAUCAAACUGCAGUAAGCAGCAUGAGUUCCAAAGAAAGUAUGAAGAGCUUAGAUAGCGAAAGUUCUGGAAAUUUGGCUAGCGUCGAGGUUUCAGAACAUUCCGAAACUUUGGUUCCGUCCACAAGCGAUUUAGACGAUAUUCUGGAUUCAAUCGAUCAACAGUUUCCAGAUGAAGUUGAGCAGAGUUCUGCUUGGAGUAGUCGUACACCAGCUUUACGUCAAAGUACCGAAAUCAGUGACUCAGAAAUACUCUCGUAUACUGGAGUUGGGGAAUCUGUGGAUUUUUCAGAAGAAGAAUCAUCUGACAUCAAACUAACAGAUGUACAGUCGAAAAUGAAACGAUCCUACGAGAUGACGUUCCAGCCGGAACCGAGAGUACUGGUAUCAGAGUUACCCCUAGGAGAAUUUGAAGAAAAACUGGGUACUAGUUUAGAUGAUGGGAGUAUUCUGAGCAUGUCCAGUACGUCCAGCACUGGGGCACAAAGAACCGUUAUAGAAUUAUCUAGAGCUGACUCUGAGAAACUGGAAGGAAGUAUGACAGUUUCGGGAACUUCAGAACAUCUCAGUUUAGAUGAUGUAGAGAAUAUGCCCCGGGGUAGUCGAGAGAGUCUCAUUGUUACACCAACUUCUCACACAAUUGAAAUAUCUACAUCCACCAUGAACUUCCAUCCAGAUCUUCCCAUCGAAUCUGUAACAAUUACCACUUCAGUUGUAGAUGAGAACGGUAUACAAAGUGUGAGCACUCAAGUCACUUCUGAAACUCAGUCUCCUGUAGAAGAAGUACAGAUAUUUAGCAAGACAGAAGAACCAAGAAGAAAAGGACAUAGACGUUCCGAUAGUUCAUUUACAAGCUCUAUGAUAAGUGCAACCACUCGGGCUGAGGUUGAGAGAAGAAUUCAGUCAGAACUUGCAGAAAGUGACAAGUACACCACGAAACUCAGUUUCAAAGAAACAAGCAGUGACGAAAAGAAAGAUGUCGAUGAAAGCGAGAAAGAAGAAAGUUAUGAAACAGAAGCAGACCAAGGAUUUCAUAGAGAUUUGCGUGAAGGGCGUUAUGUGGAUGUAGAAUCUGAUAACGAACCGGAAAAUUUGGAUAUUUCUAGACCCCAAUCAGAAGUAAGCAAAUCAGAUUCAGAGCAUCCACUUUCUACAGAGUCCUCGUAUGAGAGACCUGAUUUAGAGUUGAAGGAUUUGAUGAAAAAAUCCGAUAUAAUAGAAAGUACAUACCCUAUGGAACGACCAACAUCCCCUGGGCCAUGCGAAGGAACUAUGGAGAAAAGUCCUGAGUUGAGUUCCGAAAUGCAACAAAACGUUGAGGAUUCUGAACAAGAAAUAUCUUCAUUCACGUCUCGAGCCCGCGAUGGACCUAAAGUGGAAACAAGAAAAUCGUUGACGGGAAUUUCAGACUUCGUUCCAACGAAGGAUAUUCUAGAAAAACGUGACUCACACGGCAAAUCUAGUAAUACGUCUAGCGAAAAAUCCAGCUUUGAGGAGGCUGAAGCGGAAGCGGCAUUUAAUAUGGUAGCUCACAUAUCACCAGCACAUAAGGUGAAACAGAUAUGUCCCAUUUUGGAGGACGUGGAUGCAGAAAAACAUGAACUCGAAACAAGAGAGAGGGUUCAGAAAGAGUACGAAGAAAGACGGUCGCAAAUGCUAAAAGAUACGAGUCCUGGAUUUGUUCCAGAUAUAAAGAUAACUCAGCAUAUGACUCCUUUGGUAGAUAGUAGCUUCAGAUAUCCAGACCUCGAACUAGAAGCUAAAGAGCAUGAACAAGAAGCACAAGUUGGUGUUGAUACCCCUCAAACCCCUGCUUCAAACUCGAGUAAAAGUUCGGAAGAAACUGAUCAGGGCGGAGAAUAUGUACUAGAUGAGAAUGUAUACACCAUACAAGAAGAACCAGAGAUGGAGAAAGUUAUGACGGAAUCAAAAAGUGAAGUUGCGACAGUCAUAGAAACAACAAUGAGAGAGGGUUCUGAGAGAGAAACCGAUUCUCCGAGCAGUGAUUCGUUUGAAAUGCUAGAAAAACCAGACCUAAUAGACGAUUUUGUAGUUAUUGAGGAGGUAGGGAAAGAAGCACAUGAAUUUGAUGCGGAAGGAAAAAGUAUGAACAUAAAACACUCUGGAAAAAAAGAAGAGAAACAUGAUAUAGAAGUUGAACACUACUUGGCUCAUUCAGCACCAACCCCUCUCACAAGAAUGACAGAUAUAAAGUUCUACCCAGAAAGUACUUCUUCAAGUGAGGAACUGGGAUUCGACUUUGAAGAUAGUCCUCCCCUGUCAGAUAAAAAUAAGGUUGGAAUAUCCUCGAAAAUAGGUACUAUGGCUUAUGGCACCGAAUACGACAGAGAACUAGAAGCUAAUAGAAAAUGGAUAGAACAACAAUUUGCAGGAGACCAAGCUGCUAUGAUAGCUGCAGGCUAUGGGUAUGAAAUGGAAUUUGAGCGUGGUCCUCUGGAGGAUAUCAAAGAAGAAGAUGUGAAUGAUUUUGCUGCUUCUAGCUAUGGAUCUCAAAGAGACUCUGGAGGAAGUUUGAAGGAGUCCUAUUCUAGUACUCCAGAUUAUGAUGUUUUAGCAGGAAGGAAGUACUUUACCAGAUCGGGAGAACAUGAUGAUGUUUCAAUGUCGAGUUUACAGGAAUUUGAAAACCUUGAACAAGCAAUGUCAUUAGAAAUGCGUAAAUUCCAUCAAGGGUCUCAAGAUUCUUCUAGUAAUGGCAGCUUUAAAACCAGAUACAUCAGUAGUAGGAGUGGACAGGGUGACGAUAUUUCUGCAAGUUCGCUCAAAGAGUUCGAAGGACUUGAAACAGCUUGCAUCGCUGCGCACAAAAUCGAGGUCAAAGUCAAAGAAGAAGAGGCACUACUAGCCCAAAUAGACGAAGGGCAAGAAAGUAUCGCCUCAGAAUCAGAGAGCUGCGAAACAAUGUCUGUUACUGAUAAAAAAAUAGUUACAGAUACCGACGACGAUGACGAUUACGAAAAACGAAUGUUUGAGAUCAAUGAAAUCAUCAAACAAGCUCAGACUAACGUAGAACGAUUCACUGACCUAAAAGAGACUGAAAAAACGGAAUCUCUAGGAAGAGGUGAUUCUAUAGAAGAAGUGUCGAAAGUACCAGAUCUUGAUUUGGAUACUCCAAUUGUAAAAUCUACCAUUAAAGUGCAAUGGAAAGAAAGCGACGAUGUUAUGGUAAAUUCAACUGAUUCUUUAGAUCUCCAACUUGAAAAACCAAGUCAACACGGUAGUACAGAUAGUUUGGAUCAAAAAACAGGUGGUGAUGUAAUGACCACUAGUACAGACUCCAUAGAGCUUCAAGCUCAAAAAUCCACGAAAGACAAUAUUAUGACAGAUAGUAUCGAAAUAAGGGGGGAGGAGAAAAGUUAUAUGAUUUCAAGUGAUUCACUCGAUCUUGCUGCCGUUGAAACUUCAGGUAACAUUCUGAGUGAUUCAAUUGAUGAGGACGGAUCGCGACUUGGCGUACUGGAUCAUAGUAGCUCAAGUACAGGUAAAGAUUUCAGUUCAUCCGCAAAAGACGAUGAUGCAGAGCAUGAUCGAGAUGAUUAUCAAUUAGAAAGUACUGGUAGCAUUGACGUAACUGGUUCCACCGCUACCCAUGCUACAUAUCAGUAUGAUACAGAUUCAGUGUUAUCAGGUAGCUUCACCAGUGGAGGAUCUAAUACUAUGGUUUCUUCGACUAAUUCUAUUGAUCAAUAUAAACAGACCUCAUGUGUGGAUGUUGCAGCAGCAGUACGCAAGGUAUGGUUUGAUGAAGAACUUGAUGGCCGUCAAACUACUGAAUACACUGACGAGUCUUCCAGACCGUACGUAACAGAAGUUAUUGAGCCAAAUGAUGAUGAAGGAUUUUCCCAUACUAUACACCGCCGAGUUGAUUUACCACCGGAAGUACGGAGGGUAACUUUCACAGGUAGCGAUGCCGAUGAACGAAUGAAACAGUUCAUUCAGGACUUCAAUGAAGGAGAAGAAUGUGAGGAGACUGAAGAAAUAGACGAAGCUGGAAACAUCCAUAUCAAAAAAGUAGUUCAAAGAAGGUUCAUCGUCCGAAAUGAGGAUAGUAAUCGCCCCAUGUCAGGUCCAGAGAUAGAAGAAUACUUCCAACAACUGAAUCAACCUGACGUCGUACAAGGUCAGGGUGUGAUCACAAGGAGUAUAAGUGAAAGUCGUGGGGUUGUCACCAAAACUAUAUCAGACGGACAAGGAAGCAGAACAACCAUUACGCAGCAAUUUGAUCUUCCCUCUACCCAACUAACAUCGCUAACAAGAUCCCUAACAGGUUCCGACGAAGCCACAAGUGGUGCUACGUCGAAAGAGUCAACAGCUUCAACUAUGAAAACCCAGGUAACCCGUAGAAGACCACUUCGUUACGAGAUCAGUGUAGAAGACCAAACUGAAGUGGAUCCUAGGGAACAUGAUUGGCGCUUUAAUUUACCCAAACAUGCUGAAGGUGAAGAAGGUGCAGAAAAAGACGAAGCUGGAUAUGAAAGUAAAGUAGCUGAUCAACAUCAACUCUCUGAAGAAAUGAAAGCAUUACUCAAAGAACUCGAGAAAGAAAGUAAGCAAUAAGGAGAUACACAAAUAAUUAAAAUAAGUUAUCUCAAUGUGACUAAGUGUAUAAUCCAAAUAUGACUAUGACAUCAUUUUAUUGUAAUAUAUCUGAAAUUAUGACUUCGCUUCAAGCUUGUUACUCAAUGAUUUUUUUUUACUCAAUUCAGUGACUAAAAAAUAUAGUAUUACUUUCAAUGAGAUUACAUCGGUCCAUUUUUAAACAGCACCUCCUGCCGAAAAUUUGCCAUUUUGAAAAAAAUCAGUACUUUUAGCGAUUAUUGGAAAAAAAUCUGAUAUUUCAAAUCAGUGUAUAUUUCGUAUUUUGAUUCCUUAUAUGUAUAAAAAAAUGCAAGAGAUUCCCCAAAACCAAAAUGAAAUUGAAUUAUUUUUGCUUGCUAAAUGUUUACAAAUUGACAGCUACAGAGUGUUUUGGAGAAUUUCUUAUACCAUAAUGAAUAAAGUACUUAGGAAGAUAUGUUAGUACCACUAACUACAGUAUUCGAGAAUAUUUAUGCUGAAUUAUUCGUUUUUGUUAUAGCUGUUAUUUUUUAUAUAUAUGUAUAUUGCUUUAUUGUAAGUUAAGGUUACGGAGUUGUAAAAAUCGAAUGAGGAGGAUAAACAUUUUAAUAAAGAUAUCUAAUGUUAUUCUAGCUUCUAUGGUUGAAUUUAAUGUACUAUUAAUCGUUUUUCUGGUUUUCUUUAGCGGGUAAUAAUACUAUGGGUUAGUGGUUUUUCCUAUAGAUUUCAAGAAAACCAAAAGAACGGAAUAGCUUCUUAUUCGUUUUGAGUCUAUGUGAAAUAUUGAAUAUUUAUCCUGUGUAUCUAAAAAUAAAGCUUUCAAUAAAAUA